AUGGAAGCCGAUUUAUUAGAAAAUGCAGACGGGAUAAAGGAAGAAGUCAUCGCAAAUAAUUCAGUUCCAUCCGGCGGUGAAUUACCGGAUACUUUGCGAAAUUCCAAAAGUGGAAUGUAUUUCGAAUUUGAGAAACUUUUAAAUGGUUUCGAUAAUUAUUACAAUGAAAGUUCGGAUUCGGAAGAAGAGAUUGGUGCGAAUGAGGACGAUUCAUUUAAUUUCGAAAUGUGUCGUAUACGUCGAACAAAACGAUAUUCCAGCUGCAUAUCUGACGUUGUGAAUAAGAACAGUUGUACGGAUUGUGUUACAAAAAAUGAAAUUCAUAAAGAAAAUGAGACAAGUGGGCAAUCACUUAUGGAUAUUGACGAUAUAAUUUGUGCUAUUCGAGAAGGAUUCAAUGAAUCGCCACCACUUGCAAAUGAUGAUGAAUUUGAUGAUUUCGAUGCUUUAAAUAUUUAA